AAAAGUGAAGUUUUUUUUUUAUUUAGACAAGUCCAGCUGUGGCCAUAGUCCAAGUUGCUCGGCAGCUGAGGUCGGAUGGGGUAGUUGCACAAGUGGGGAUCAGUCCUCCUCGAGCAAGGUCCUGAAAUGACGAUGUCUUAUCGAUGAUGAGCGGUCUUGACGACGCUCACGGUCGGAGAAAGUUCUUUCGCCCGCCAAAAAAAUAUGGCGAAGCAGUGAAGUGCGUUAUGACAAGAUCUAAUAAUUCAUUAUGUUCCUGCAUUUCGCCGCCUCUCCAGCCGCUGCCUCUCUAGCCGCUGGCUCACUUCGGUCAGCAUCCCCCCUGUCUCGCCGAGCAGCCUCCGCAUCUCCACGACCAGCGCAUCCAGUUGCUCCUGUGAUUCUUGCACCUCCUAUUUUUGCCAAAAGCAACAAAGGCAGGCUAUGCCCGCAGCUCCAUCUAUUGGCCGUUCCUGAACAGCGUCUCGCCAACGUGUGCACCACUGGGCAUGCUCCUCUCCAUCACUCUUUCUUCAUCAUCCUCCUCCGCAUGGAUCUCUCAAUCUUUGACAUCCCGCUCUUGAAGGACGAGGUCACCCAGUACUUGUCCAAACAGGACCUCGCACGGUCUGUCCAGGUCUGCAGGGCCUGGUCGGCCUGGUUCACUCCCACGCUCUGGCGCACCGUAAACUUUAACAACCGAGCUUCCAUCGCUGGCCAGGGCCUCUCCGCGCUAACACGCUACCAAGAUCAUGUCCAAUCAAUCGUCGCCUUCCAAUACUACCUUGGCUCCGCCUCAAUGGCCCUGCGACCCUUCCGCAACCUACAGUCUCUAGAACACAGGACAUUACAGGCCAACGUGCACGAAGACACUAUUGUACUACUUGUCAUAGGCGGUACCCCUUCUCUCCAACGCCUCAAGCUCACCCUAUCACUCGUCCGAGAAGAGAUCCAGACACAAUUGAUCGAUGCCCUUCACUCCCUGCCGAGGUUGAGGAGUCUAGCCUUGACGUGUUACCAAAUUACGCCUGUAGGUGUCAUUCAGCGGAUCAUCGACAGCUGCUCCCAUAUCGAAACCCUGCAUCUCGAUCUCGGAAGCUCUGUAGUCAAAGAGCCAUACUCUCAAGGGGAUGACCGAAAACAAUGUCUGCUUGCUAAGCGUGUCAUGGAGCAGAUGCUCGAUACACGGAUCCGCCGUCUUUCGAUUCGAGUCUCGCUCGCGUCCCAGGAGUCCGCUAUCCUUAUACCGCUUCUAGAGCGAUGCCCGUUGCUGGAGAGACUUGAGGUGGACUGGCUACACCAUCCGGACACUCUUGGGCAGAUAAUAGAUGUGCUCCGGAGAAGGAAAUGUCCACUAUUGAAGCAUGCCCUCUUGGGCGCAGUCUUGAGAUUCGAUGCAGCAGAGGGCCAGUUUGCAGAGUUGAUCAGUGCCUUGGGGAGUGGAGAGAGAGUCGACGAGACCAUUCGCAACAAUGGCUGUGACCAUGGUUACCGAGGCUAUGGUCUUCACACCUUUACAGUCGAAUCCAUCCUGCCUUUUGAACAGCAGUCUGCCCUGGCCCUGACGCGACACCACUCCCAGACGAUGACAGUCCUCGAUCUGAUGAGCCUGCGCGAGUUGAGAAUCCAGCUCUUUGUCGGGAUGAUGGAGGGUCUCCCGAGACUACAGAGGCUGAUGGCCGCAGUCUGGCUUGGACACAAGCAGGAUGGAGGGCCAGGCAUGGAUACCGUAUUCAAAACUCAAUGGAGCUGCCUUGGCCUAACAGAGUUGAGACUAGGGCUUCAAUUGAGCGAAGAAGUGCGACUCGAGCCCGAUCACCGACCCGGGAACCUAUCCGUGGCGGAUCAAUAUAUCGGCUACAUGUUUUCACAGAUCGGUAGAUUGACACAGCUGAAGGAAUGCAAUCUAACGAGUGGGGUCAAUCUACUGGACUUGGAGAAGGGAUAUUUGACCCACUUAAUCAACUUAGAGGCCUGA